AUGUCAAAAAUUCUUUCCUUACAUGAACUUUACGAAUGUUCGACUUUCCAAACAAACUCCUCUAACCAAUCUCCAACUCAACUUACUCAACUGAUUAAUCAGCAACUCAUUUUACUUAAUCAAUUAACCACUACUCUUAGCCAACUAUCCUUAAAUAUACAAGGAUUAGUUAGCAGUAUUAGCAAUAACCCUAAUCUUACUUCUCAACAAAAACAACAAGCCCUCAACAAUAUCAACACUAACCUUACCGAUUUACAAAACAUUAAAAGUGAUAUUGAUGGGAAAUUAGGAAGGUUAAGAAGUUUUCAAACAUCCUCAAAUAAUUCUAAAAAGCCUACUAAUUGA